AUGGAAACGCAUCCAUAUGAACAAUUUCCUUUUGCAAAAUUAAGUAAGCAGUUUUCUAAAGAACAGAUUACUUUAAAACCAAAACAGAUAUCUCAUCGUUGGCGGAACAUACUUGAUCCUCGUCUCAGUAAAGAAUCAUUAUCAGAUAAAGAGAAAUAUUAUAUUACUUCAUGGGUCGAGACACAACAAAAAACGCGUACGAUCAUUCAAUGGAGCGAAUUACAAACUGAAAUGGCCAAAUGCGGCAAAUGCGGCAAAUUCCGAUCGCGCAAUGAACUUAAAAACUUUUGGUUUUCUAAAAAGCGAAGUGAAAUAAAGCGACGUAAUAAUUAUAAAGCUGAAAUUUCUUACAUUUUAAAUAGAUGA